AGUUUUGAAAUGUGACUGAAGAUAUUUUAUAGCUGUAUAAUUAUAUAUCGGUGUCUGGUUUCUUUGUGUUGCAAUACAGAGAUAAACGGUCGUUGCUACUUUUUAAUCUGUGCUUUGUGGUAAAGCCAUUUACUAACAUCCAUAUAUUCGUUAACAUAAUUAACUAAAAUGCGUCUAGUUAUCUGUGAUACAGUGGAUUAUGUUUCGGAGUGGUCAGCCAAAUAUGUUCUUAAGAGAAUCAAGGACUUUCAACCUAAUGAGAAUAAGUACUUUGUUUUAGGACUUCCUACCGGAGGUACUCCACUUGGGAUGUAUAAAAAACUCAUAGAAUAUCAUAAGGCUGGGAAAAUUUCUUUUAAAUAUAUAAAAACAUUUAAUAUGGAUGAAUACGUUGACUUACCGAGAGAUCAUCCAGAAUCUUAUCACUAUUAUAUGUAUAAUAAUUUCUUUAAGCAUAUAGACAUAGAUCCAAAGAAUGUUCAUAUUUUGGAUGGUAAUGCACCAGAUCUCAUGCAAGAAUGUAAUGAAUUUGAGAGAAAAAUUAAAGAAGCUGGUGGAAUUGAAUUAUUUAUCGGAGGUAUCGGACCUGAUGGACACAUAGCCUUCAAUGAACCUGGGUCCUCUCUGGCCUCUCGUACAAGGGUGAAAACCUUAGCUCAGGAUACCCUGGAAGCUAAUGCACGGUUCUUUGGAAAUGACAUAAAUAAGGUCCCUAAACAAGCAUUGACUGUUGGCGUUGGUACUGUGAUGGAUGCGAAAGAAGUGAUGAUCUUGAUCACAGGAUCACACAAGGCUUUCGCACUAUACAAAGCUAUUGAAGAAGGAGUCAAUCAUAUGUGGACUGUAUCUGCUUUUCAGCAGCAUCCACGCACACUGAUCAUCUGUGACGAAGAUGCUACUCUUGAAUUACGUGUGAAGACAGUCAAAUACUUCAAGGCCCUCAGCGCGGUUCAUCACAAAUUGAUUGAGGAAGAUGGAGAUGCGAUCCCUCGUCGUCCUUUACACGACGUUCAGAAUGAAUCUAUGGGGAAUUCACAGUAAACUCGUAGAAGAGGCUUCGGUCUUGCCUGCCUAACUCCAACUAUCACUGUUCGGCACAGAAUAUAUAUUACACAUGAAAAUUGAAGACUGAUGAAUUCAACAGUAUCUGGACUAAUGGUAGCGUCAAUGGAAUCAUCCACUUGGUAUGUAAUAAAUGAAUAAUAUACGAUAAAUGGUGAUUGAUACGAAGCAGCAUAUACAUUACUAUUCUAUUAUAAUUGUGCUAAGUACUAUAAAUAAUAUUUGUUACAUGAUUAUCAUUAAGAGAAGCAAAGAGAUAAUAGUUGCAUUCGAUUUAUGGCAAAUGGCCAUUGAUUUUCUUUGUUCUUUUAAUACUCUAAGGAAAGUAGUUACAUUGUAACUAAUAUGCCACAAUAUUUUGAUAUUUCAUUGUAUUUUGAAUAAAUG